AGAUAGUUCUGACAUGUAGGAGCAGUGAGCAUUGCAUAAGAAGUUGUUAGUUAACUGUCAUACGGAGAGAGAUAUAUAUUUACUUUAAAACUCCCAGUUCUCUAUGAUAAACGUGCUUAUGUGAAAUGAGAUUUGUGCUAUAUCUCGUAUAGCCCAAUUGUGUUGUUACUGCAAUUUAAAGAAACCGCUCCAUCAAUCCCAUUCGAUACGUGAUUGGAGUGUCGUUGUGACGACAUAAUCUUGCGCAGUGGUGUCUCGACAUCAUCUGAUAAUGGAUUAAAACAGGAUAAGCAUAUUAUAUUAUCGCGUUAUUUGUAGUGAACACCACAUUAAGUGUAGGGGCAAGUAAACAAAAUUAAAAAUGUCAGCUGGUUUUGAUGAAAAUCCCUUUGGGGAGCCAACAGAACCUUUUGCGGAUCCAGCAAUUCAACAAGUGACCAGUAAUACAAGCAGUGUACAGAGAGGUCUUGAAGAUUAUAAUCCAUUCGCCGACCAGGGAGAUCAGAGAUUUCCUGCAGUACGAGGUGCAGCGAACCCUCCGCCAUACCUAAAUGCCAGUGCAACACAACCAGCAGCUCAGCCAGCCAUCAUGCAGCCAACGCAUGAGGCUCCACCCCCGCCAUAUACUCGAAGUGGUCAGCAAACUCAGCAGCAACAGCCACAGAUAACAACAGCAGAAUUCCAGCGAAGACAGGAAGAACUUGAAAGAAAAGCCCAGGAGUUGGCCCGCAGAGAAGAGGAGUUGAAGAAUGCACCAUAUAAUGCUCGUCGUAACAAUUGGCCACCUCUACCAGAGAAGUGCUGUUUCCAACCAUGUUUCUACCAAGAUAUUAAUGUUGACAUACCACUAGAGUUCCAGAAGAUUGUUCGUUACCUGUAUUAUCUUUGGAUGUUUCACGCAUGUAUAAUGCUGCUGAAUGUGUUUGGUGGCCUGCUGCUAAUGUUUAGUGUGGCUGACUUCACAACAUUUGGACUGGGACUGUUGUAUCUAAUUCUGUUCACACCAUUCUCAUUCCUAUGCUGGUACAGACCAGCUUAUAAGGCCUUCAGGAGUGAUAGCUCUUUCAACUUCAUGGUAUUUUUCUUCGUUUUCUUUUUUCAAUUUAUUGUGACUGUAAUACAAGCAAUUGGCAUCCACGGAUCAGGUACUUGUGGGAUCCUCCUUGCUGUACAGCAGUUUAGUACUGGUGGAGCAGGUGUUGCAGUGGGUGUGAUAUUAUUAAUUGUUGCUAUUGGUUUUGUUGGGGCCGCAUGCAUUGAUUUGCUGCUGUUGUCAAAGAUCCAUCGGAUUUAUCGGAGUACUGGUGCAAGCUUUGCUAAAGCUCAACAGGAGUUCACAUCGGAGUUCCUACGCAAUGAACAUGUUCAGAAUGCUGCAACCAGUGCUGCUGCUGCUACCGUCCGUGCCCAGAUGAACAAUAGCAACAGCAGCCGUUACUGAAUGAAGACUGAAAAGGAAUGUAUGCUAUUCAAAUUGUCCAUGUAGUAGACAAAAUGUACACCUUUCUAGCUUAUCUUGGUGUACGGAAAUAAUCAAAUUCUCAUGAGCUCCCUUGGUUGUACAUCAGUGACUCAAAGUGUGUUCAGUUGACUUUACACAAUUUUUUAUACGUAUAUUCGUGAAAAUGUGUACUUACGUACAGAGGUUUAUCAGCUGUUUCUUAACACAGUUUUGUAUUGAAUUUUGUUAUUGAAAGCACAUGUUAAUUAUAAAAUUAUUAUGAAGUCUGUGCUUACUAAUCGUAGUGUCGUUAUUGAAGAAAAACUGUUGACUAAUUCACACGUUUGAGCUGUGGCGAAGGUAGCAUUUCUGUGUGUCAUGUGUAACAUUGGUACUGAGAAUUUGUAUAUAAAUAUCAUCGGCACAGAACAGAAUUUAAAAUGGAAAUAUUAUAUAAUUCUGUAUGUAGUAUUUCCACAUUUAUCCCUCCAUUACAGUUUUGACAUUUCUAAAGUUGUAAUUAACUUUAUGUAAUAAAUCAGUAAUAUAAUGUAUUUGUCUUUUGCCCUUUGGUAUUAAUCUGUCAGUUGAGUAUUUCAUUGGUACUUAGUUUUCUUUAGAAAGCUCAUAUGCUUUCCUAGUGGCGAUCAAAGAGAAAAUAUGAUAUGGCUUAUUGUGCUUGUGCUUUAUUUUGUGCCACAGAAGUUGUACAAGUGAUUAUGAUCAUAAAGGCAGGCAUGAACUUUGAACUUAUAUUGCAAUUUUAUUUUUAAUAAAGUUAAUAUUUUUUAUUAAGCAUAUUGUGUGAGCAUGUCUUAUUUUUUCAUUCAAAUGCUUGACAUUUCAGUAUUUCACAUUUUGAUAUAUCUUUCUAAAAACUGACGGAAACUCUGAAAACAGGGAAACUGGAUAUUACUGAAACAAUUUGGUUACUGAAGGGAAAGUUAAGGCAUUGCAAACCCCAUAUAAAGAGGCAGAAAUUGUUGGAAUUGAUCUGGAAAUAACAAGAUAACAGGAACUUUCUCUUUUCCAGAACUCUAACAAUGCACAGUAGGUGGUCCAUCAGUCCCAGAAGAAUUUCAGGUGGCAACUUUUGCACAUGCCACGAAGGAGUUCCACUUGUUGCCCAGUUAUGUGGUUUCCCUUUCUUUGCCAACUGUUGUCAUUGUUCUUUGUUGAAAUGUGGACCUUUGCUCGUGACAAAUUGUGCAGUGAUGACCAAACAUGAAUGCAUUGUUCUUAGUGUUUCUGAUAAGCUUAAAAUAAGAGCAGUUGGAGAAAUGUGUUAAUGGACCAAGCUUAGCUCAGGAGUAUGGCAUUGUAAAUGACACUGUGCUGAACAUUAAAAAGAACAGUAAUGCCAUUACAAAAUUUACAGAUGUAUUUGACAGUAAAUAUGGAAAAUUGCACAGAAAAAUGGCAGAGAGCCAGGAUUUAAACACUGCUCAAAGCUUGGAAUAAACUCCUUCUUAAAGAUGAAUGUAUUGCUACAGCUGAAGAGUCGCCAGUCAGUCAGUCAGUUUGUAUGUUAACUGGGUGGACGAUUAAAGAAUCUUCAGGAUUUGAAGGCUGUGAUUAGGAAAAUAUUAAAGACUGGCUUAAAUGUGAUGUUGGUAACACUGGCUAACAAGUAUAGACAGGUGAUGGAAUAAGCCCCAGUGUCAUCAGUGACUAAAAUCCUUGCAAUGAAGAAGGGUCCAGUGAUAAUGUGCUGAGAAAGUGACAUCCAGUGAGGAAGCUUUUCACUGCCUUGAGGCAGCUAUCCAGAACUGCCUUAAAAAUACAAAAUUUAGCAACACAAAAAAAGUUGUGGCCUAGAAGCAAAAACGAAUUGUAGACUUAUCAUAACUGUAGUGCAGUGUAAUGGCUAUAUUGAUUGUUUCAGCCUUGCUUAUGCAGUCAGUUUUGUGUGUUGUGUAAGAUGUGUGAUAAAAAGAUAUAUGCAAAAGUGUGUGUUUAAUUCUGUUUUUCUGUGUUUUAUGUCCCUACAAGUACUGGUACAAUAUGUAUAAGCAAGUAAUUGAUUAUCCGACAAAUCAGUUAUCAGAGCACACCACUCUCAAACUGCUUUGUUAAUUGAUGCUCUACUGUAAACAGAAAUGUAGAAGAAAAUGUAAAGGAAAGUAGAAACACUGUGCAUUUUAUUUUUUUCUCUAGAGCUUUAGUUUCUUUCUUGUAGUGAAUGGAAUAAUCGCAGGUAAUUUAAGUGUUCUAAUGGUAAAAUCAGUGUUUGUCAAACAAAGUUUGUUACAAAUAAAUAAUACAUACGUGUGCCACAUCUUAGUACUGUAGAAUGCCAUUAAGCGAUAAAUAGUGUUCGGGGAUGUAAAAGGGUGGAAUACGAGGGGAAGGGAGGUAGUUAAAAGGGUGGGAGAAAAUAGGUUGCCAGAUUAUCGUGAUGCACUUCCCUCCAACAUAGGUCCGCAAACCAAAGAGAGCAGGGUUCCCACCUAUCUACUGCACCAAGUCACAAAUAGCAGCAACAGGGUGUUAAACAAAGUUAUACGAAUGCUUCCAUAGCUCGCCUCCCGAAUCACUGGCGACACAGUGUGCACACACUCCCAUGGGUAUUUACUUUCCACAAAGUGCGUUAGCACUAUAUGCAAUACAGAUUUGUGUUACUAGUAACAGUAAUACAAGUAGUACACACAAACAGAAUAUACAUAAAUCCCUGCACACUUCUCUAAACUGCCAGGGGCAGUUGAUUUUUAGCCAUCCUGUACAACAGCAUGAGCAUUUUCUGGGAAAGGCAAUUUUCGAACCCCAAACACUCUUUGAUUUUCAGUUUAGACAGACUAUACCUCCUCAGAAUUUCCUGUCCAGUUCGCUCAUGUGAGUAGACGAAAUAACUUCACUGAGCUUGUCUUUAUAUAAUGGCAUUAUUUGUAGCUGUUAAGUAAGCUAUUGUCAACUAUCCCAAGUAAGUCUGCACCAAGUGUAACACAAUAGUGAUAUGUAUUAGACAGUGUCGAUUUCAUGGCCUCUACUAUCAAUGUAUGGAAUAUCUAUCCCAUUUUGAGAUAUAUAAAAUGCACCAUCCCAGCCUCAGCUCCCUCUACAUUUGAAGGCCCAGAGAUUAAGUUGGUUUCCUCUGCAGCAGGAGGAGGUCACAUACAGAUUGGGGGCUUCAGAAAUUUCAGCCUAAGUCAAGCAAUGUGUUAUAGCAAAUUACUGUUCUAGAGCUGAACAUGAUCAACCCUAUUCCAUCAGAUACAUUGACACCCUCCAUGCAAUAUAUUCUGUGGAUGUAUGUUAGGUGACUACACUCAGUUGAGCCUGCUCUAAAAGUGCCAGCAGUCUCGUGGAAGAGGUUUAUGUGGUCUACCAGUGAGACUGGUGCAGUAACUUUUUGGUCAUUCAUUAAUUCACCACCAGGUGAUCACUGUGGUUACACACCUCUGUAAUACACUGUAAAUAACACACUGCCAAGAUGUUAAAUUACCAAUCAAAUCCCUUUCCCACCAACAGUACAUGUUUACGGGAACAUACUUUACAUAAAAGCUCACUUAACAACUUAAAAUAGGUACUCUUAAUAAACUGAAAAGAACUCCACUGUACACUGAGGUGACAAGUCAUGGGAUACCUCCUAAUAUCAGUUCCAGAUGUCCUUUUGCGUGACGGAGUGCAGCUACUUGAUGUGACUUGGGCUCAGUAAGUCAUUGCAAGACCCCAGCAGAAAUAUUGAGUCAUGCUAUCUCUAUAGCCACAAAUAAUUGCAAAAGGCAGGGCAGGAGAUUGUGCAUGACCUGAGCUCUGAGUUGUCUCCCCUAAAUGUUUAAUGGGGUUCAUCUCAGGUGAUCUGAACGGCCAGCUCAUAUGCUCGAAUUGUCCAGAAUGUUCUUCAAACAACUGUGACCCAGUGACAUGGUGCAUUGUCAUCCACAAGAAUUCCACUGUUGUUUGGGAACAUGGAGUCCAUAAAAAGCUGCAAAUGGUCUUUAAGUAGUCAAACAUAACAAUUCCCUGUCAAUGAUCGGAUUGGGUUGGUUGGACCAGGGGACAAAGUCCAUUCCAUGUAAACUCGGUCCACACCAUCAUGGAGCCACCAUCAGCUUGUACAGUGCCUUGUUGACAACUUCAAUCCAUGGCUUUGUGGGGUCUGUGACACACUUGAACUCUAAGCCUUUACCAAAUGAAAUAGAGACUUAUCUGACUGGCUUUGACUGGCCCCCGCUUUUUCGAUCAUCUAGGGUCCAACCCCAGGAGAGGCGCUGCAGUCAAUGUUGUGCUGUUAGCAAAGGCACUCGCAUCAGUUGUCUGGUGCCAUAGGCCAUUAAUGCCAAAGUUCAUCACACUGUUCUAAAGGAUACAUUCAUACAUCCCACAUUGAUUUCUGCAGUUAUUUCACGCAGUGUUGAUCAUCUGUUAGCACUGACAAUUCUAUGCCAUCAGCCAGGUAUUGUCCAUGGUAAAAGUUAAUGCUUGAAAUUUGGUACUCUAGGCACAUUCUUGGCACUGUGGAUCUGGGCAUAUUGAAUUUCUAACAAUUUCCAAAACAGAAUGUACCAUGAAUCUAGCCCCAACUACCAUUCCACAUUCAGUCUUCUAAUUCCCUUUGUGCAGCCAUAAUCAUGUCUGAAACCAUUUCACAUGAAUCACCUGAGUAAAAAUUACUGCUUUGCCUAUGCACUGCCCUUUUAUAACUUGUGUAUGUGAUACAACCUCCUUCUGUAUAUGUGCACAUCACUUUUCCAUGACUUUUGUCGGAUCAGUGUAUAAACGUGAGUUCAGUAAGUUAUUGUGUCUCCUUACAUAAAAAUAACAGGAUGGGAAAUGCUAGGGAGGUAUAGGAGGUAUAGUCUGUAAACUCCAGGAGCACUCAUAGUGGAAGGAGUCACCUUUACUGGAAGACUGUUCCUGUCAGGAUGACUAAGAGUCAAUUUUGCCUCACAUUGUGGUAAAGUGUGUGGGGAUUUAUGUGGAAUCUGUCCUAUUCUUGCAUCUGUAUUCAUUGUAGUGUUAACACGCUUUGUGGAAAGUAAACACCCCCAGAAGUGGCUGUAUACUGCUCAGUGAUUCAAAAGGAGAGCUGCAGAAGGUUUGGAUAACUUUGUGCAACACCCUUUAGGUGUAUCUUGUGACAUAGUUCGCAGACUUGCAAAGGAGGAGGGAAGUGCGUGACCACAGUCAGGCACCGCGCCUUCCACUCUCGUGCAUCUUAUAACCCACACCACCCUCUGCACUCCCACAGGACACAAUCUGUCCCUUAAUGCAGUUCUGUUGCACUUAGAUGGAGUACACGCAUUUAAUUUUUGUUCUUAA